GUCAUGCUGCGCCCGCUGAGCUACCUGGGUGCGCGGCCCCGGUGCGGGCCCCCGGCCCCGCUGCUGCUGCUCGCGCGCGGCCGCAAGACCCGCCACGACCCACAGGCCAAGUCUAAGGUCGGGCGCGUGGCGACCCCUCCCGCGGUGGACCCCGCGGAGUUUUUCGUGCUGACGGAGCGUUACCGGCAGUACCGCCAAGUCGUGCGCGCCCUCAGGCUGGAGUUCGUGUCCGAGGUGCGAAGGAAGAUGCACGAGGCCCGGGUCGGCGUCCUGGCAGAGCGCAAGGCGCGGGAGGACGCCACCGAGCACCGCGAGCUCAUGGCCUGGAACCAGGCGGAGAACCGGCGGCUGCACGAGCUGCGGAUAGAGAGGCUGCGGCAGGAGGCGCGAGAGCAGGAGCAGCUGCAGGCCGAGGAGAAGGCUCGUCAGGCCCGAGAGGCACAGGCCCGGGUGCAGCUCAAGGAGCAAGAAGUGCUGCAGCUGCAGGAGGACGCAAAAAACUUCAUCACCAGAGAGAACCUGGAUGCUCGGAUAGAAGAAGCGUUGGACUCCCCAAAGAGCUACAACUGGGCCAUCACCAGGGAGGGGCUGGUGGUCAGGCCACAGCAUGGGAGCUCCUAAGGGCCCAGUAAGGACAGUGCCUGCCCAGGGACUGUGUGUAUAUAGGGGUGUGAGUGUUGGGUCUGACCUAGAAUAAAACAGUGGUGUUUCUUAUGAAGAAGGAUGCUCACCCUGUUCCAGUGUGGCCCUCAUGCUCUGGCCUCUGCACCUGCCAUUUGGUCAUAAACUCCCACACUCAGUGCCCUUUUCUGCCCCAUGUACAGCUGUCAGCACAACCCCAGACCUUAGAGGUCUCCAUUUUACAGAGGAACAGACUGGACCAUAGUCACAGGCCAUGGAGGGCAAAUUAUAGUCCGUGGGCCAGAUCUGGCCUACUACCUGUUUUUGUAAAUAAAGUUGUAUUGGAAUACACCCAUUCAUUGACUACUUGGAAACUACAAUGGAGAUGAUUAGUUGCAACAGGGACCAUAUAUGACUUGCAAAGUGUAAAAUAUUUGUUAUAUGGCUUUUACAGAAGAAGUUUGCUGAUCUCUGAUCUAGGAUUUUAGGGCUCCAGCCAGGAGUAGCUAUCACCUGGUAUCUGAGACACAAAGACUUCAAUCAACAUCUGGGAUGAGGUUGAAGAGACAUGUUUCUCUGAGCCAGAGCUGCUGCCCAUUCACUUGACCUUGCCCAGGUACCACAAAAGGAAAAAAUACAAAAUCUCAGCUUUCCUGAACUCCCACAUUAUAGAGAGGGUCUGGGAACACCCAAGAAAUGAAAACCUUUUAGGAAAUGAGCAAUCCCCCACAUUCAGGUUAGGAAGCAGGGACUAGAUGUCCAAGCAGAGAGCCUUGCACCUCUGAGGGUAAUGGCCUCCUUCCUCAGGCUGGUAAUAGCCCUUCUUUUCCCUGGCACUGAACCUGGGCACAGCACAGUGGAGGCCUUGCUUUCAGAUGCUCAACAUAACUUCUGGGGUGAGAGCUGAUGGACAGAUAUUGUGGGCCAUGGAUUGGCAACUGUGCCCACAGCCUUGAACUUUGUUGUGAAGGGUGGACAGACCAUCUGGUCUCCUGCAGUAGAAGCCUUUGGGGAGCUUUCACAUGGGACACUGGGCCUGUAUUAGGAAGAACAGUUUCAUUCUUUCUAAGUCCCUUCCUCAGGGUGCAGACACAAGCCAUCUGUCUUCAAGUAGAGCAGACAGUGUAAUACAUUCUUCAUGUUCUGUCCUUGGGCUGCUUUCUCUUCACUGAUGUGCUUUAGUAUCCUGCAUGGGGCUGUAACUCCUUAGCAUUCACUGCCGAUGCUGAUGUGUCGUACAGAGCCACAUCUAAACCAAGCUUCAGCAUUUCAUCCACCUGUAGCCUUCUUGCUGAUAUAGGCAAAAAUAGGCAGCCCUUCAGGGUGAACUCAAGCCCAGUUCCAUCUGUGCCUGCUUCUAUUAUUUUUUUUUUAAUGCUCACCCAAGGACAUUUUUACAUUUAUCUUCAGAUGGAGGGAGAGA